CUCUGCUGGCACAGUAGUGUGGUGACUGGCCUGAGCGGUUCUGGUGGCUAAUUGCCGUUUUUCUCCGACACACCCUUUAAAUGUUCAUAUUUUAUUGUUGCGGGAUCGCAGACGGGCUGUGCACGUCAACCUAACAACGAGUGAUUAUAAUUUUCUUUAUUUUAUUACAUUCAUAUUGGAGCUCGUUCAGUUGCAGAUCUCUUCAUUAACCUGUGCUUCGUCGCUGUCUCGACGUCGGUGUUAUCGGUGUCAUGACGGAACAACAAAUGGACUGUGCUUUGGACUUGAUGCGAAGAUUGCCACCUCAGCAGAUUGAGAAAAAUCUAAGUGAUCUCAUAGAUUUAGUUCCCUCGCUGUGCGAAGACUUACUCUCAUCUGUUGAUCAGCCACUGAAAAUAGCAAAGGACAAAGAAUCUGGCAAGGAUUACCUGUUAUGUGACUACAAUCGAGAUGGAGACUCUUACAGGUCUCCAUGGAGCAAUACAUACGAUCCUCCUUUGGAAGAUGGCUCAAUGCCUUCUGAAAGGUUGAGAAAGCUGGAGAUUGAUGCCAAUCAUGCAUUUGAUCAGUAUCGAGAACUUUAUUUUGAAGGUGGUGUGUCUUCUGUAUAUUUGUGGGAUUUGGACCAUGGCUUUGCCGGAGUUAUUUUGAUAAAGAAAGCUGGUGAUGGUUCUAAAAAAAUCAAAGGUUGCUGGGAUUCUAUACAUGUUGUUGAGGUGCAACACAAGUCAAUGAGCAGACAUGCACAUUAUAAGCUUACUUCCACUGCAAUGUUGUGGUUACAAACCAAUAAAUCAGGAUCUGGCACAAUGAAUCUUGGUGGUAGUCUCACAAGACAAGUUGAGCAAGAUGCUCCUGUUAGUGAUACAUCACCUCACAUUGCAAAUAUUGGUAGAAUGGUAGAGGACAUGGAAAAUAAAAUACGAAAUACCUUGAAUGAAAUCUAUUUUGGCAAAACAAAAGACAUUGUCAAUGGUCUAAGGUCGGUUCAACCACUUGCUGAUCAGAAGCAGCAAGCAGCAUUGAGACAAGACUUAGCCGCGGCAUUACAAAGGCGAAAUGCCAAUAAUUGAUUUCCCGAUCAACUCGAGAACUUUGAUUACGAUUGUGAUUAGAAAAAGAUAAGAAAAAAAGUACGACUUACGUCUUGCACAUUAAAUCGCUAAACUUUGUUAUUACAUGUAGAGAUAAAAAGAGAUCAUGGAGUAUAUUAUUGAGCCAUUGAAGGUGCUCUAACAUCGGUCAUUUCUUGAAAAAACUUCAAGUGUAACUACCGAACUCGACGUUACGUCAAGUAGUUAGCCGAUGUAUUUCUACUAAUAAAACGCAUUUUGUUACAAAAUUCCGCAAUGGAGUUUUGCUCUGUUUUUGCAAAUGGUAAACAUGUUGAAUCAUGUUUUUUAAUCAAGUAAACAAAUAAUGCUUCUUUCCAGAAAACCCCUCGUUUUAUUUUAAUUCUUUUUUAAUUAAUAUUAAAUUAAGAAAAUUAUCAAAGUAUUAAUUUGAUGCGUAUCCAAAUGAAUACUUUGAGAGUUUGAUCUAUUCACAAACUUAAUCAUGCUUUUAUUUUGAUUUAAGUAAAAUUAAGAAGUACAUAUGUAAAAAAGCAUUUAGCUAUAUUUAUGCAAAAAUAAUAUCUGUUAGUUUUUGAAUUUUGUAAUAUUUUAAAAGUAUUUGAUAAAUAUUGAACACAAUUGUAUUAAAGAAGCAAGAGGUAUUACCUAGGAAAAAAGAUGACGUAUGAUUUAAAUAUAAAUUAUUAUAUUUUCUUGUUUUUCCUAGGCUGUAAAAUGGUAAUGUUUACUAAUUUAUGAUUUCAGUUUUUCAUAAAAUUUUGUAAAACUAUACUUCAAUGUGAGGUUCAUUUUGAUAUAACAAAAAUAAUCGUAAAUUUAAAAAAAGGAAUACGAACAUUACAAUCAUAAUUAUUGAUUUAUAAAAAAAGUAAUUUUUUUCAAGAAUAUAUCAGAGGUUUAGGUUUUAUUUAUAUUCAUCAAUAAAUAAUUUUUCAUUCGAUUUUUCAUGAAUUUGUGAAUUUUAUUUUCCGUUACUUCACCUUCUUGUCGUUAUAUUAUCAUGUUAUUUUAAAUUAUGUUUGAUACAAAAAAACAGGUAAAAAUGUUGUGAAUUUUUUCUUCAACAGCAAGCAAUUUUCAAAUUUAGUUACUUUAUACCAUCGGAACUCAUUAAUCUUCAAACAAUAUAAUUUCUUAUAUUUAAAAAAAUAUGUAAUUUUUAAUGCAAUCAGUCUUAAUUAUAUUUGAAAGUGAUAGUCGUUUCCGAAAUACGGUUGUAAAACUUAGAGAACCUACUACAAUUGGAAUAAACUUUCCUAAUAUUCUGCAGUAUUACUAUUUUUUUAUAAUAAUCCAUUGUUAUUUAAUAAUUUUAGAUUACAUAAAACUAAAAUGUGAGAUAAAAAAUUAAGUCGGCCCUCAUCUUUUUACCCUGCCAGUAUCACAAUUGACAUUACAAUUUACUUGCUUCAUUACUCAAAACAUAAAAAUAAAUCAAUUAAUGAAAAUCAAUUCAUAAUAAUACAUGUCAGAUUUUCAAAUUGUACAUUUUAUUUAAAUAUGAGUCAUUCGUUUACGUCAUCACACUUUUCCAUAUACCUGAUACAAAAUUGUUCUAUCGAAGCGCGUUGAAAAUAUCACUGAAGCUCGAAAUAAAAAAGAUAUUAAGAUUGUUUGUUCGACAAAACGAGGUAGCACCAAAAUCAUUUUUGUAAAACGUUUCAUUCUUUUUAUUAUUCAUUACAAAAAGGAAAAAUAAUGAGAAUUGCGGUGUUCUUUUAGUAACUUGACUUAAUCAAAACUGAGCAUUGCAAUUAUUUUAUGUUCCCUUUUUCCCUUAUUUCUCUCUCUCUCUUGAAGAAACACAUGCUCUCUUUCUCUCCCUCUCUCGUAACAAAGCGUUAGCACGACGAUGUUGUGCAACUCUAAUGGUAUCUCACACAAUUGGUUUCUCUUUUUGUUCAAAAUGCAGUCACAAACCUAGUACUAGCAUGUAAGAAAUAUAAGAUUUUGGUUCGAUAUAGCACAUGCGUGAUAUAAACGCUGUUGUUUUUAUAAUCAUAUUUGGUAGUUUUAUGUUACAUAUUUAGUUUAUAUUAUGUUUGAGACACCAGUUCGUAUUGUAUAUAGUUUAUAUUGAAAAUUUUCAAUAAGAGCUUUUUUCUUAUGAACAGAAAUUAAAUUUGAAACUUUUAAUUAAAAACAAAACAUCUAUAUACACUUUUUGGCAUUGGUUAGAAAAUAAGGAAUCUUAGUCGAUUUAUAGAAGCUUGAACUACAUUUACUACUGUAAAAAAGUUGUAUUCGUCCCGUUCUUCGGUUUUCAGUUUAAUAUCUUUGUUUUAUUCAGAACAUUUACAGUUUCUUUUUCACCAAAGACUUUACCUUUCGGAACAAUUUUUUCUUUUAAAAACAUUUAAAAAAAUAAUAAAUGAAAUCAAUUGAUGUAAUAUUGUUACUAUUAAAAUAAUGCCUUCUUAUUUUGUUCCAACUCUACGCAUUAUAAAUUAAAUAUUAUAUUUUAGCUUAAACUAUGCCUAAAAUAAGUUUUGGACCAAUAAAAAAAUCUUUUAUUUAAUGCAUAAUACAAAAUUUUUUUAAAUAUUGUAAAGAAUGAUCAUGUUUUUUAAUUCACAUCUUAUUAUGCACAGUAUUAAAAUGUUUAUUUAAUUGCAAAUAUGAUAAAGGCAUUUUCUUUUGCAGACAAGUACUUACAAUCUUUUUUUUCUAGCAAGUCGAUUUUUAUUUAUUUUUUCACUUUUUACAAAUAUAUGCGUUGAUAUUAAACAAAUAAGAAUUCCUUGAAAUUUAACUUUGCUAUAUUGCAAUAAUUACAAAACAUAGGCCAAAGUAUCAGAUAUAGAUAUUAUAUACUUGUACUCGACUAUAAAAAGAUAUAAAACUCAAAAUAUUUUUCUAUAAUAAUUCUAUAACUGAAUGCUCUGGCAUAUUUUCAAUUGUUUACAAUACCAAUGCGCCACUAUUUUUCUUAAGAUUAGUUGGUAGUUUGACAUUAUAAAAAAAUUAAAUAAUUUAUCCAAACAAAAUCUUUAUAGUUCAAUACAAUUGUUAAACAAAAUGUUAUGAAAAAAUAUGGUUAUUAAUUAGCAUGAAGUAAGAUUUUGUUGCCCAGUUACUUUGAUUUGUAUUCAAGUUAUAAGCUGGACAAUAAAAGCCUCAUGCCUUUGUGUGAAAGACAUUUUGCUCAAUAACUUAUGAAAAAAUUGUUCCGCUUGGCAGUCAACACUAUUCUAUUUGGUCUUAUUUCGUCAUAAGCAUCUGUCUUUUGAAAAUCUUUUAUAAUUAUAAUUUUGCCACUGUAAAGCCAACAACAGUUUGUUUUUAUUUCAUAACAUGAUGAAUCAACAAAAAGAAAAAAAAGAUGGUUAUGUAAAGACUUUCUCCAAUUUUAUUUGCAUUCAACCCUUCAAUGAAAAGUCGUCGCUAUAUCUUAUGUAUAACAAACAACGUAUGUGUGUGGUUUGUUUGUGUGUGUGUGUGUGUGUAUGUUUAGUUUCUAGAACUGGGCUGCACAUUUGUUAUUUGCAACCCAGCUUCCGCUUACAAUGCUUAGAAAC